AUGGCCACUCUAAAGCGUAAGCUUCAGGCUAGUUUGUUGGACCAAGAUCAAGACAGUGAUAUCGUUGGUGGUCAUGGGAAAAGAAUAAGAGCAGAUGUUGCUGAGCUGGAUCGUUAUUCAGAUGGAGCCCUUGUUAAAGUGAGGGUUGAAAACUUUGUCACGUAUUCCCUCGCAGAAUUUGUCAUGUCUCCGUCUAUGAAUAUGAUAAUAGGACCGAACGGAUCAGGGAAAUCGAGUUUGGUAUGUGCAAUAUGUCUUGGCUUGGCUGGUAAGCCGGAGUAUAUCAAACGAGCCAAAAAGAUCGAAGAAUUCAUCAAAAACGGAAAAGAUCAAGGCAAAGUGGAAAUCACGUUGAAAAGGGACGCUCAAUUAGGAGGUGAUUAUGUGUGUCCGGAUCAAACGACGAAGAUUACACGGAUUUUGACAAGAAAUUCCAGAAGAUCGGAAUAUUUGAUAAACGAUAGGGUAGCAUCCGAAUCCAUGGUCAAAGAACUCGUUGCAACACUAAAUGUUCAGUUGGACAACGUCUGCCAAUUUCUUCCUCAAGAAAGAGUAGAAGAGUUCGCAAAACUCUCAUCGGACAAGUUACUUAUCGAAACACUUCGAUCCGUUGAUAUAGAGCUAGUCCGGCAGUUCAAAGAGCUUCAAGAGCUUCAGAAGACGAAAUUUGAGCAGCAGGAAGAGUUCACGGUAAGCACAGAGCGGAUGCAGGUUUUAGCGGCGGAAAAGAAGAAACUGGAAGUGUCAGUGAGGGCAAUUGAGGGAUUUAGGCAAAAGAAAGCCGAACUCGAUUUAAAUAAGAAGCUUCUACCCUACGUCAAGGUUAAGGAUCACAAGCAAAAGAUAAAGGAAUACAAGAAAGCUUACGAUGAGGUUCGAGCGCAGCUACGGGAACUUUUGCAAGACAAACGGCCCUUUGAUGACCUGAUAUCCAAAAUACACGAGGAGGCUCUCAAAAAGCAGGAAAAAGAACAAAAAAUGGUAGAAAAACUCAAAAAAACGGACUCAGGUUUUACUGAAAUUCGUAGGCUACUAUUCAAUAUCAAAGAAACCGCAGCAAGCAAAAAAGUGGAGUUACAGCACUUGAAAGACCUGCCGCAGCGAAUUGCGAAACAAAUUGAAGACAAACAGAAGCAACUGGACGAGCAACGUCAAAUGUUGGCAGAGUUCGAUGGGUUUGAUCGCAAUGCUAUCGAUAAAUACGAGAACGAUUUGCAAACGAUUGUUGGGAGCCAGAAAGAAUGCGAAAUAAAGAAGCAAGCGCUAGAGAGAUCAGUAGGAAUGCACAGAGGUGCAUUAUUCACGCUAGAAAAAGAGAUGAAUGUAAAACGCAGGCAACUCAAUUCGUCUGACAGAUUGGCGGUUUUGGAUCCCUCUAAUCCCCGACUCCGGUCAUUGAGAGAGGCAAUUAUCGCCAUCAGAGCCGAUCCGAGCUUAAAAAACCGGAUUUUAGAGCCUCCCCUGAUGUCUGUGUCAACGAGCGAUCAACAAAUGGCAUCUUUUUUGAGCGUUUGCGUUGAUUUCAAUACUUCAAUCGCGCUUACUUUCCUGGACAAUGAAGCCUACGAUCUAGUUAAUGACAAAUAUGUUGAGCGUUAUUCUUUGAAUUUAAGACAGCUUGCCUCAAAUGCUACUGAACACCCUCUGCCAAUUUCACAAAUAAAAGAAUGGGGAUUUGACGGCUACUUGUCGGAGUUUCUUAAAGGUGAUGAGAAUGUUGUCAAAAUGCUCUGCCAGCAGCAGAGACUUCAUCAAAUCCCAGUUUCCAGGAAACCCCUCUCAGAUCAAGUUCUUCAGCUUUUACGGCGGCCAGAUAAGUCUGGUAGAUUACCUUUCAAUCGUGUCCUGGCGCAUGACACAAUUUACACCUUUUCUCGGUCGAAAUAUGGGAAUCGCCAGGUUCUAGUAGUAUCCCGAGGUGUUCCUGGAACUAAGUUUUAUCAGGGAAUGACAGUUUCACAAGAACGUAAAGCUACAAUUGAAAGGGAUAUAAAGCAACUUACUGUAAAGAUAGACCAGAAGAAUACCCAAAUACAAGAGUCUCGUCACGAAGCGGAGAAGAUAGAGGCCGAUGAGAAGGAGAUAAACUAUCAAAAGAAAUCGUUAGAUAAAAGAUUAGCGCAAAAUAAAUCAAAUUUACGCAGAAUCGGGACUAUCGAAAGCAGGAUAAAGGAGCUGGCCUCCGAAAUGAAAAAACUGAGAUCUCGAUCAAAAGAAGAUACAUCAACUCAGGUUGCAGAACGAGAAAAUGAAAUGAGAAAUCUGAUCAAUGCGCAAAUUGGAAACGUUGCCAAAAUGGUUAAUCGUAUAAAGGUUUUUCAGGACCCCAUAGAAUUGAGAGAUUAUGCGGCAAUCAGUUCUAUCGAGCUCAUCAACAAGGAAAAUUCCAUGAAAGAUGUCUUUGAAUUUUUGAAAGGCAAAGAAGAUCAGUUGCGCGAGGUUUAUCAAGAGCACAAGGAUAGAUAUAUCGCCACUAAGGAAACAGCAGAGUAUCAGGAAUGGAUGACAGCGAUAAAAGGUUACAACCGUGACGAAAAAGCCGAAAUUUCGAGAUUGGCCGAGAAAUAUUCUGAAAACGGCACAUUCACUCUCGAAUGUGUCACCAGAGAAAUGGUUAAGCUGGAAUCAGAAAUCGCAAUGUUCAACCAAGAUGAAUCCGUCUUAGAGCAAUUGCAGCGCAAGGAGAAAGAAUUUGAGAAACUCGCAGAAACUGUGCCCCGAAUGGAAACCGCGCUUCUAGCAACGCAAGACACGAUCAGGCAAGUCCUUCAACAUGUUCGACCAAGAGUGGACCUUCUCGUUGAAAAUCUGUCGAAGAAAUUUGCCCUACUCUUCAGGAAAGUCGGUAGCGCAGGAGAAGUGAGACUCGACACAUCAGAUCCCUUGUGCAACUGGAAACUGGAAAUCAUGGUCAAAUUUAGGGAUAGCGCACCCCUGAAGCGACUCGAUUCCAGAUCUCAAUCUGGUGGUGAACGUGCCGUCUCUACUGUUCUUUUCAUGAUAGCUCUACAAGAGUUUACUUCUUCGCCCUUUAGGGUGGUGGACGAAAUUAAUCAAGGCAUGGAUGCACAUAAUGAGCGUCGUAUUCACAAGGCAAUGAUGGAGAAUGCAUGCGCCGACAAGAUGUCACAAUACAUUUUAGUCACGCCAAAGCUACUUCCGAACCUCCCGUACCAUGAGAAAAUGAGGAUUCACUGCGUCAUGGCUGGUCCUUGGCUUCCUUUAUCCACAGAUGACACCAUGCUACUUGGAAGAACAGACAAAUACUUUUGA